AAUGGAUUUCGUGGAAUUUUCAAGCAGCACACAGCAGUGAUGAUGCGCAUUACACAGCUGAAACCGAGUUCACUUCACUCCGCAGCUUUUUCUUAAACGUGUUGUCUGACUUAUGGAAAUAUACAAGGAACAAUUAAUAACUACAGCUAUACGGGAACCUGACAAAUAGCAUUUCUUCUUCUAUCCAGCGACCUACAAACUUCGUGAUCAUGUCUAGGAGAAAGGUGAGAGGACUCACUCGGACCGGGCGCCAGGUAAGCGAGGAUCCGGAUCUCGACAACUUGCUAUCAAACCUGUCGCCUGAAGAGAUGGAGGAAUUACAGAAGGAAGUGUCGACAGUGCCUGACCCAGACCCGAGUGAGAUCGUAAUAGUAGACCAAACAGAUUUAAAGCAAACUAUACCUAAUAAAAGAGAUUCCACCUUCAAUAAAUCCGGCGAGUUAAAGGCUGGUUUGCAAAGGAAUCUUUCCACUGAGGGUGAGCCCAAAAGAGAAAGUCGGAAACAGGAAUAUCUCAGAAAAAUGGGCUUGAGUCAGGAGACAAAUGUUUCCAGUAACGACAGCCAGGAAGGAGGACCUCAGAAUUCUUUGUGCAAUUCUUCUGUUAAACAAGAGAAAACCAUGGAGGACAGGAACACAAGAGCCACCGUGGAUUCUAAAGAUGCUAGGGCAAGACGAUUGAAAAGGAAUGAGGAAAUUGAAAAGAAACGUGAGGUCAAAGAGAACGAACAGAACGAUGAUUACAAGCUCAAAAGUAAAUGUGACACAAAAGAAGGUAGCAGCAAGACAAAGGAGUUAAUAUCCAAGCUUCAGGAAAAAAAAGAGGAUUGCAAAGAGAAGGAGAGAAGAGAUGAAAGCAGGAAGAGAGAAUCGGGAGACAGCAAAACAAAGGAGAUGAUUUCAAGGUUACAAGGAAAACAGGAGAAGGAAGAAAAAAAAGAACAAGAAGUUAGAACAGAUAUCAGAAAAAGACAGGACAAUAAGCCAAAAGGCCUUGUUUCCAAGUUAGAGGAAAACCAAAAUUCAGGUGUAGAAAGUAAAAAAGAAGACAGCAGAAGGGAAGAUGAUAAAAAGAAGACAGAAGAACAAGCAGAGAUACUUAAGAUAGUUAGUAAUGGAAAGGAAAAAGAAAUGAUUGUGAAGGAUGCUGGGAAAAAAAUUGAAAGUAUAGAUAAAGGCAGUGAGAAAGAGAUAAGGGAUAAGAAUGAUCAAGCGAAAGAACUAUUAAAAAUUAAUUCUGUUGACACUGCUAAAAAGAAACCAAAAGCACAAAGUGAGAUACAGUAUGAAACAACUGAAUCCAACACAAAAGAAGAGGUUGGAAAUUGUGUGACAGACAAUAACUCAAAAACCAUGACUAAAGAAGAACAGGAAGAAGAUGAGCUUACUAGCAUGUUUGCAGAAGAUCUAGAGAGACUAGAGAGCAAUGACCCAAAGAUGACUGAGGUCAAUGUUAACAAUUCAGAAACCAUCAAAGUCAAAACCCUCAUUCAGUUUGCUGAAGCACUUACUAACAAUACACAUGUCAAGACAUUUGCUCUUGCUAACUGCCGUGCUGAUGAUCAUGUGGCUUAUGCUAUUGCAAAAAUGUUAUGCAGCAACAAAAUCAUUACCAGCAUCAACUUGGAUUCUAACCUUCUCACCAGCAAGGGCAUCAUGGCACUAGUCCAAGCCCUUCAGCACAACACCUCCCUAACUGAGCUUCGCUUCCAUAAUCAGCGGCAUAUAUGUGGAGGCAAGACAGAAAUGGAGAUGACAAAGAUUUUGAAAGAAAACACAACUCUUCUUAAGCUUGGAUAUCAUUUUGAGUUGGCUGGUCCACGCAUGACUAUGACCAAUAUCCUCAGUCGUAACAUGGACCGGCAGAGGCAAAAGAGGUUGCAGGAACAAAAACAGGCCACAGCCCAAGGAAAUGGAGACAAGAAAGACACACUGAAGGUCCCAGAACUUGGUUUCAGCAAAGGUUCCCCAAGAAGCUCACCAAAGCCAUCUCCCACUCCAUCUCCUGUACCAUCCCCCAAAUUGACUCCAAAGGCCUUUAAAGCACCUGGUGGUCCUCCACCCCCACCACCUGGUGGCGUACCACCACCACCUCCAAUUAUAGAUGGAGAAUUCCUGAAGAACUCUCUGACACCUGUGUCAAAGAGAAAGCUGGAGGACAAGACUGGAGGCCGAGGUGGAGGUCAAAAUUCACGGGAUCAACUUCUAGCCUCAAUCAGGGGUGCCAAUAUUAAACAGUUAAAAAAGGUUUCAGUUCCAAAGCUACUGCAAUAAUCAGACAGGGAAACGUUAAACUCAGAGUGAAGAAUGGGUGGCAGACAUCUCUCCUAGUGAAGCUCAGGCUAUUGGCAUCGUCUACACAGACUAUGGCCUUAAAAGACAGGGUGUGCGUGAUAAAAACAGUAUAAUUCUGUCAGAUACAGCUUUGGCCCAGGAUUCUGUCAUGAACUAUGGAAAGGAGUAGAAGCCUGGUGCAGACUUGGUGCUCAGAGGUUAAGGUUUCCAGCCUGUACUGAUACUUGCACUAAGUGAAUAAUUCAUAAGGUAAACUGAUGAAUGUGUGACAUACACUAUAUGUGAAUAUAUAUAUGUGUGUGUGUAUUGAGAACUCUGCAGGCAGGAAAACUGAUUCUGCUAAAAUUAAAAUCAGUCAGUUGGUUUCUAAAUUAUUAAAAAUUGCCAGCUAUUUUCCUCAUAACAAAUAUUUUCACUAUGUUGUAGUUGACGUCUAAUGGAAUUAUUUUUCCAAAAUAGCUUUAAUAGUUUUCAAGCUUUACUAUAUUGUAUACACUUCAUUAUGCACAUUGAUGUAAUGCUGUAUAAUACUGCUCAUACUCAAUUAAUCUUUAAGUAGUACAUUUCUCAGGAUAAAUUUAGUUCCUUCAUAAAAAGUAGAAUAUGAAUUCAUGUCUAUUAAUAUUAUGUGACAUAAUAAAUACUUAAUAUUUGUGACAUAAUAAAUAUUCAAUUUAUUGGUUAAUGAUUUCAUUGUAUUUUACAUUGGACUUUAUUUAGGUGCUGGUCCUCAUCAAAAUUAAUACUAUUCACUGCCAAAAGUUUGAUUGUCACAUCUCUCAUGCUUAUCAGCUUGGCAAGUAAAAGCUUUCUUUGUAUUACAGUAAAGGUUUCGGCAUCACUGUUUUUUAUUUUUUUUAUUUUAAUGAUGUACCUUUAGACGUUCAAGAUUAUGUCAAGACUAAAAUACUAUGCUCAAAAAUUGUAAAUGCAUGUUUAAAAUGUUCUUUUAUUCAUACAGCAUAAAUGUAAUGUCCUGUAGUAAAAACUUUUAUGUUAUUUGAAAUGGACAAAAUAUUUUGGUUAUGUAACUUCUUACUUCAGGGUUGAAGAAUAACAGAAUAGUGAUGUGAAAAAUAAUGUGUGAUAAAAAUGUGGAUGAAUAAAGAACACAAUGUCAAAAAAAAAAA